UUUUGGUCUUUUCGCUGUUAGCUAGCAACGGAAGGAAUCCGAGGUAGCUGAAAAUCUAAUCUUGAGAUAAAUUUAAUUCAUUUUUCCGAUUUAAAGAGAAGUUGACAAGAGGUGUUAUUCAAACAGUUGACACCAAAGAGUAAUCUUUGUUACAUUAUAGUUUUUAUUGUAGUUUUUUUCUGUUUUGUUACACAGAUACCAGGCUUUAUAGUUGCCUUUAGCUGGCUGCUAUUGCUAGCUUAGCCAGCUAGCUCUCAUAACAUUGGACCACAACUGCGAAUCGCAGAGCAAGUUGACAUUAGCUAGCUUGCUAAUCAUUGUUUGAUUUCGUCAUCAUUGAAUACCGCACAUUCAUCAUCUCUUUGGCUGAUACAAUCAUUUUGGAACUUUAGAAAUACACUUCAAACGUUGUCUUUUAUGGGAUCACCAUGUCAAUGAAGCAGGCCGGUGGUAUUCGCAAACCCGGCGGUGGCAGCAGUGCCGCUGCCUCUGGUGCUGGUGGAAGCGGUGGACGACAGAAUUUGGGCAGGGGAAGACACAGUGCCAAAGCUCCUUCAGCGCCGGUUGUUUAUAAUGGUGUUUAUGCAAACAUGAGGAUGGUCCAUGUCCUGACAUCAGUGGUGGGCACCAAGUGUGAGCUCCGGGUGAAGAACGGAGGGGUUUACGACGGAGUGUUUAAGACGUACGGGCCGGAGUGUGACCUGGUGCUGGACGCUGCCCACAGGAAGAGUCCAGAGCCAGGCGUGGGUCCUCGUAAGGAGGACAUAGUGGAGAGCAUCAUCUUCAAGGCCUCCGACGUGGUGGUGGUCACCUUCAAAGACGUGGACCCCAACUUUGCUAAAAAAGUCUCCUCAGACACAGACAAUUUCACCGACUCUGCAGUGAGCAGUAGGAUUAACGGGGAGCACAAGGAGAAGGACCUGGAACCCUGGGAUGGAGGAGAGACUCAUGCCUCCGACAGCCUGGAGUCUCUGGACACAGACGUGUCUAAUGGUUGGGACCCCAACGACAUGUUCAAGUACAAUGAGGAGCAGUACGGCGUCAAGUCUACAUACGACAGCAGCCUCUCCACAUACACGGUGCCCCUGGAGAGGGAUAACUCUGAGGAGUUCCUGAAGCGGGAGGCCCGGGCGGCCCAGCUGGCUGAGGAGAUCGAGGCCAGCUCCACCUACAAGGCCCGCGUGGCCCUGGAGAACGACGAGCGCACCGAGGAGGACAAGUACACCGCCGUGGUGCGGGGCGAGAGGGAGACACACACACUCAGCAGAGAGAACAAGUACAUUCCCCCGGGCCAGCGCAGCAGGGAGGGGCUGUCGUGGGGGGCAGGGAGGCAGAACUCCCCCAGGCUGGUCCAGGGCAGCGGCGGGCCCCCCCCUCCCAGAGCCUGCCCCCACGACUACAGCCCCAACUCUGGGACUGACCAGAGGGUCGUCAACGGAGGUUCCCAUUGGCCAUCGCCCUGCCCGUCUCCCUCCUCCCGCCCCCCCUCCCGUUACCAGUCAGGCCCGUCCUCCCUGCCCCCCAGGGCGGCCACCCCCACCAGACCUCCCUCCAGACCCCCCUCUCGGCCCUCGCGGCCCCCAUCCCACCCCUCCACCCUCGGCCCCCCCGCACCAGCUGCCACCCUGCCCAAACGCAUGCCCUAUGAAGGGCCCCCCAGGAUGUCCCCCAAGACCCAGAGGACCCCUCGCACUCACAGAGUCCCCACCUGCAGGAGUGGACUCCCACCCGGAGUGGACUUCAUCCCCCACAAUGCCCCUGGAGAGGUUCCUGUGCCUCCACCAACACGCAGCAGCUCCUCCGGAGGCACUUGGUCUUCUGUGGUCAGCGGGGGACACAGACCUCGCUCCCCUCGACAGAACAGCAUGGGCGGGGCCUCUCCCGGCUCCUCCCCCCAGACGGGUACCGCCCAAGUGGAGGUGGUGACCACGCCCACUUCUGCUGCCUCCCCCACCACUGCUAGCCCCGCCCCCAACAUGGCCGCCGCCUCAGCGGAAGCUAAGGAGAACCACAUGCAGGAGACUAGGCAGGCGUCUCCCACAGCCAACAAGGAGAACGUCAAACCUCAGGAGAGCAGGUCUCUGUCUAAAGGACCCCCAGCCACGGCACCAGACCACAGAAAACAAAUAGAGAACAAUUUAAAGAAGUUUAGUGUCGAUUUUAGGUUGCAGUCCAGCUCUAAUCCAGACCCAGUGUUUGAUCAGAUGAUGACCAAGCCUCCUCGGGACUCGAAGGACAAGCCCAAGGAUCUUCCCCAGGAUAAGAGCUCCGUGGCUGGGCCGGAGGGGGAGGAGGGCCCCCCCGGCACCUCCAUGAUCCCCAGCGUCGCAGGCGUGAGCAAACCUGGCAGCCCGGUGGCCCCCUCCCCCUCCUCCUCUAACUCCGCCCUCCAUGACCAGAAGAGGGCGGGGCCGGACGUGACAUCACAGGGCGUCCAGACGAACGCACCCACCUUCGGGGGAGGAGCCAAGGCGGAGGAGAAGGAGGAGAAGGAGGUCCCAGACCAAGUGAGAAAGUCCACUCUGAACCCCAACGCCAAGGAGUUCAACCCCCGAGCCUUCAGCUCCCAGCCCAAGCCGGCCUCCACCCCGACCCCCCCGCGGCCCCAGGGCCAGCCCAGCCCCUCGGUGGUGGUGCAGCAGCCCCCGACCGUCUACACCCACCCCGUGUGCUUCCCCCAGAUGUACCCCCUCACCCCCGUCAGUCCCGGGGUGCAGAAAAGCCUAAUAUGGAAGUCUCCAGCAAUGUACCACGUUCAGAUGCCCCACAUGGCGGUGAAUCAGUCCAAACCCUACAGACCAGGUAAAGUACCCAACAUGCCUCAGCAAAGGUCAGACCAGCACCACCCUCAGGGCACGCCCACCAUGAUGCACCCGGCCACAGCUGCAGGCCCGCCCAUCGUGGCUCAGAGCCCCGGCUACUCCACCCAGUACUUUACCUGCAGUCCGCAGCAGUUCACCAGCCAACCUCUGGUGCAACAGAUCCCUCACUACCAGUCCCAGGCCCAGCAUGUGUUCAGCCCUGUGAUGCAGGGCAGCCCAGUGAUGCAGGGCAGCAGGAUGAUGGCUCCUCCCACCCACAGCCAGCCUGGCCUGGUCUCCUCCUCCACCAGCCAGUACGGAGAGCAGACACACACCAUGUACGUGUCUCAGGGCCCAAUCCCUCAGCAGUACCCCCACCCCAGCGCCACCCUCCACCCCCACCCCCAGCACCCCCAACAUCCCCAGCACCCCCAACACCCCCAGCACCCCCAGCCCUCCGCCACCCCCACCGGCCAGAGCCAGCAAGGAGGGCAGCAUGGGGGCAACCACCCGGCCCCCAGCCCGGUCCAGCACGCCCAGCACCAGGCCCAGGCCCUGCACCUGGCCAACGCCCCCCAGCAGCAGAUGUACUCCGCCCUGGCCCCCACCCCACCCUCCAUGACCCCGGGGCCCAACCCCCAGUCCCCGCAGGCCAACUUCCCCACGGCGCAGCAGGCCGUGUACCUGCACCCCCAGCAGGUGCAGCACGGCUACAGCCAGACCCACCUGGCCCACGUGCAGCAGGCCCACAUGCAGUCUGGGAUGGUGGCCUCUCACCACGGCAACCCCGCCCACCCCCCCAUGAUGCUGAUGACCACCCAGCCCCCUGGCGGCCCCCAGCCCCCCAUGCCCCAGAGCGCCCUCAACCCCAUCCCUGUCUCUUCCACCACACACUUCUCCUACCUGGCGCACCCCCAAGUGCAACCUCACCACCAGCAGCAGCUGUAGGGGGCGCUGUGGAGCACACGGACUACCUCCGCUGCUCCUCCGCCACCAGAGAAGAAGACGCCGCAGCCUCUCUCCUCGUCAGACCUGCUACACAUGUGCUUCCCUCUCUCCCUCCUCCUCUCUCCAUCCCUCCCGCCCUCUCACUCAUGCAGAAUGUUAACAGAUGGAUGCAGUGGACAGAUAUUUUAUUGUUCUAGAGUUCUAAUAACAGAAAGAUUCCUUCCUUCUUUCCCCCCUGCCAUCAUCUCCCUCUUCAGCCUCCAUCACAGGCAGAGGGCUACCCCUGUGUAACUUGUUUCAGCUUGCCAAUUAAGAAUUGCGUGUGAGAGAUAAAAAAAAGACAGACUAAGAAAGAGAGAGUGAGCGAUAAAAGAAAAAAUCUGAACUGGAACUGAUAUUUUGUCUGCACCUUGAUAUGAAAAAUUCUUCCAACUUUAGGCAGUAUUAACGUUACUGUUUAAUUUCUGCCGCUGACGCAUUUAAGACUUCAGAACAGGUUUCUAACCAAACUAAACUAAAGAGAAUCUUCCUGAGAUUAACAAUCGUUUGGCGGAGAGGAGAGAGCCAAUAUUUAUGAA